CCAUCAUGUUCGGUCAGGCUGUUCGUAGGUUCGCUACCUCCGCCAUUCGUAGGUCCCACUAUGAGGAGGGGCCUGGAAAGAACCUGCCCUUCUCCGUUGAAAACAAGUGGCGACUUCUAGGAAUGAUGACCCUAUUUUUUGGCAGUGGCUUUGCAUUUCCAUUUGUCAUCGUAAGACAUCAGCUGUUGAAAAAAUGAGCACUUACUAUGUCCAGGUACAGAGGACCUUCUAUAACAGUGACCAUAAUAAAUUUGUUUCCCGUGCAAGACAUGGACUGUAAAUAAAAAAGAAAAAAUACCUGUGAAGUCUGAUUCACUCUUAUUUUGUGUGUGAAAAAUUUGUGGCAGUUUCCAUUCAGCCCAAAGUACUGUACAGAACAAAUUCUAGGUAAAACUGUGAUAUAUUAAGUUUAUGAAAGAAAUAUUUAAUAUAUUCGUAGCUGUAAUAAAAUGUUACCCCUAAUGUCAUGAGAA